AUGAACGACUUGGAUUAUUUAUUUAAACCAAUAGUACUUGUGACUGGAUUUGGUCCAUUUAUUAACCAUCCUAUAAAUGCAAGUUGGGAAGCAGUCAAACUUUUAAAGAAGGAUGAAAUUGAAGAGAAGCAUAAAAUCGAGCUAGUUCAACUUGAACUACCUGUCACCUAUGAAAAUGUGGACGAGUUUGUUCCAGCUUUAUGGGAGACACAUGAGCCUAAGCUCACAAUCCAUGUUGGUGUAUCAAAAUUAGCUAAAGAUAUAACAUUAGAGAAACAAGCUCACCGUAAAGGCUACCAAAGACUAGACUACUUGGAUAAAUGUCCAGCAAAUAAUACAUGCAGUGCAGAUGGGGCUAUAAGAAUUCAGACUAAACUUAAUGUAGAGAAACUGUGCUCAGACUUUAAUGGAAACUCUCUAGAUGGCUCUAAAGCUGUAGUAUCAUUAGAUGCUGGAAGAUAUAUUUGCGAGUACAUUUAUUACACAUCUCUCAGCAUUGACAAUUCUCGCACAUUGUUUGUACAUGUUCCUGAUUUAUCUAUUUAUAGUCCUGAACAGACUGCACGUGCCCUUGAACAUAUUUUAGACCUAUGUUUAGAACAGGUUCAUAUAAAAAUGUCCAAAAGUAGUUUGUAA